UUGUAUAAGUUUCAAAUAUUUUGCAUUAUUGUUGUUGUUGUUAUUUCAGGUUCCAGGGCUGGUCCAGGAAGAAGCUCUGACUUUCCCCGCAGAAGAACACUCUUCAUCAGAGAUUGAACAGGGGGCUCUUGGUAUUGUGAUCAAAGAGGAGAGUGAAGAUGAUUCCACCUAUUUGGAUGAUACCUGGGGGAGCGAGAACGAGUGGGAAGCGCGGGCGGCAUGGCUGGAGGCAGGCGAGAGGGAGGAAGAGAACUGCAGGGAUCCCGCUGGUCUGGAGGAAAACGAACCCGGGCAGUGGAAGCGGCAGCCCCUCCCGAGCCACCUCUACGAGAUCUCGGCCGACCAGAAGAUGCGCCUCGAGCAAAAGCAGAGCACCUGCGCUGUGUGCGGGAAGGCCUUCAGCCGCAAAUCCAACCUCCUCCGGCACCAGAGGAUCCACACGGGAGAGGAGCCCUACAAUUGCCCCGACUGUGGGAAGAGGUUCCGCUGGAGUACCAGCCUCAUCGCUCACCAGAAGAUCCACACGGGCGACAAGCCUUUCAAGUGCCUCAAGUGCGGCAAGGGCUUCAACCACACCCAGAACUUGGCCCGGCACGAGAGGCAGCACCGAGGGAAAAAGCAAUACACCUGCGUCGUCUGCGGGAAGAGCUUUCGGCGGAGCUCCAACCUGCUUAUCCACCAGCGGGUCCACGCCGGCGAGCAGCCGUACAAGUGCUCGGACUGCGGGAAAAGCUUCAGCUGCCAGUCCAGCCUCUGCGGGCACCAGAGGAUCCACGGAGGGGUCGAGGAGAGGUACAGGUGCUCCGUCUGCCCGGCGAGCUUUGCUUUUCAGUCGAGCCUCGUGAGACAUCAGUCUCUCCAUGAGGGGGAGAAACCUCACUGAGGCUCGGACUGGGGAGAAAGUUUCAUUCAGCAGCAGAGCCGUUUGGCCUAUCAGAAAAUCAACAUGGGGGCAAAAUUGUAUCAGCCGCCGGACUGUCAGACCUGAUCCUGUGGGAAGCGAAGUCUUAGACAACAGAGCAUAUGAGCAAGAAUGACUUUAUGGUUGAGGGUGGGUACACAAAAUCACGAGCGUGCUCAUUAUUCCCCUUCCUGGGUGAGGUGAACCCAACUUUUUACCUGCUUUAUUGUGGAUGCUGGGUUCCCCCCCCCCCCCUUUUUCCAUCUGCUUUGUCCCUCUCUUUGUGCUAUUAUUCUCCUUCUCAUACUUUUAUUGAAACUACUCUAUGUAAGAUUAUAUGUUUAAAUAACUGUAUAGUGCCAGCAUUUGGGGAUUUUUUGAAUUUUUGUUAAGAUUAAAAACUGCUCUAAGGAGGAGGAGGAGGGGAGGGACUUAGUGAUGUCACUGGUAUCCAGCCAGUCAGUGCUCUUUUGCAUUGGAAUGGCCUGAUUUGCUUCUCCUCCCUCCAAAAGACCCCUUGUACGAAGCAACCAGUGAGUGCCCUUCCCAAAACAGAACGGCUCCUGCUCAUACGUAUGUAUCAGUUUGUCCUUCAUAAUGCUCAAGACAAGGGGUGGGUAGGAGGAGGGCUCUUAAAGCAGUGACAAAGAGUCUCUCCCCCCCCCCCCCCGCACACACACAUGCAUACCAACUUGUGCCAGAAAGGAUUUAGCAAGGGACAAAAAGGAACUCACCUGGAAGAUGCAAAUCUAGUGCAAAAAUGCCAUCGCUACCAAUCCAGCAGAUGCGGGGCCUUUUUUUUUUUGCAGCAGGAGCUCCUUUGUCUAUUAGCCCCCCCCCCCCGAUGUAGCCAAUCAUCCAAGGGCUUACAGGGUUCUUAGAACAGAGCCCCCUGUAAGCUCCAGGAGGAUUGGCUACAUCAGGGGUGUGUGGCCUAGCAGGCAAAGGAGUUCCUGCUACAAAAAAGAACGCCCUGUGCAGAUGCAAAAUUGGACACAGUUUUAUGAUUUGUCUGGAGGGAGAGGUAUGGAUCCCUCUAAAUAUCAGAGAAUAUCUCUUCUUAAAUUUUAGCUUUGUGCAGAGGAAUCCCUUUUCUCGUGAGUGCAUAUCUGUGUAUAUAUAUAUAUUUAAAUAGGCAAGCUGGUGUAGCUUAGUCAGACAUCUGGCUUCCCCGCGGAGCUGGAAGCCGGAUGAGGUGUGGCCUGUAGCCCCCUUUCCCCUCCCCUCGACGCAGGAGCAAAACCAAGGACCCUUCCACCCUCCUCUCUGUGUAUGCAAAAUAUAGGUUUUUUGUGUUUGAUGAAAUAAAAUAACACUUUUGUUUUCUGUUUGGGGGAUGGCACUUGGGAAGGGCCAGUCAACAUAAGCGGGCUUCAUUAAGGGAUGUGUUUGCUGGUUGUUUCUUAUCGACUUGCAUGUGACAUUUGGACUUCUCUCGGGGGCACGGUUGUGGCUCCAGGACCUCUUUGCUUCCUCCCCCCCCCCCCAAACAAAUGACCAUCGUUUAACCAAUAA